CACCGUAUACAUACACACAUUCCCCUAUUGUGUGCCCCAGAGCUAUUAUUGGUUAUAUACAACUCCAAUAUCCACACAACAACACAGUCGUUUAAACAAUAAAAACAGUUACUAGUGCAGUGACGAUAAAUCGAGUGACGGAGAUGUGUUGUUAAUUUAUAUUCACCUGAGAAUGUUAAAGCAGAGGUAAUCAUCGAUCAAUACUUGUUCAAUGUUUACAAGUUGGCCUUGUCACUGAAAGCUGGUGAAUGAGAGAGGAAUUAUCAAUGAAGUUGGAUGAUGAGGAUACGCGGAUUAACGAGGAUUAACGAGGACUGAGGUUGAUAUUAUGCGAUGGGGUGGCUAGAAAUAACGUCUAUAUGGUUCGUCAUGUGGACGUGCCUGAUGUGGGGCCUGGAGCUGGUCCCCCAGGUCACGCCGAAGCAAGUGCCAUGUGACAAGACUAGAAAGGUAUUUACUGACACCUGGGGGAUGAUCAGUGACGGCCCCAUGGGAUCCAAUUACACUCAGGAUUCUCAUUGCGAAUGGUUGAUUAAAGCAAACAACAGCCAACAAUUCAUAACCCUGAGCUUCAGAACAAUGGGAACUGAAUGCAGCUACGAUUAUGUAUUUGUUUACGACGGUGAUUCGUUUCGUUCACCACUGCUGGGCAGUUUUAGUGGCAAAACUGAGCCGCAACAAGUUACCUCGUCGUCUGGUUACAUGUUGAUAUUAUUAUAUAGUGAUACAAAUUACGUCCUUGAUGGUUUCCACGCCGAAUUUUCAGUGACUGACUGCCCGAACAAUUGUACAAGGCAUGGAAAAUGCAUCAAUAACACGUGCGUUUGUGAAAAUGAUUGGGGUGGAAAAGAUUGCUCAAGGGCUCUCUGCCCAAACAGUUGUGGCCAAGGUGGUACCUGCGGAAUUAAAAGAUGCCAAUGUAGAAAAGGAUUCUCGGGACAAUCUUGUUCGCUCCACUCAGUCCAUCCAGAGGGCAAUAAGUGGCAUUGGUUGUCGCAUUCUGAAGGAGGUAUGACACCUCGAGCAGCUCAUUCAGCCGUUUACGACGGUGAAACUGAUUCUCUCUAUGUUUUUGGAGGAUACGAUCUCAAUUAUGUUCUCGGGGAUUUGGAAGUCUACAGGUUUAACACGAGUCAGUGGGAGGAUGAACAUGGAAGUGUAUUAGAAGGUGCAUCUGCUGCUGAAUCCCUAGAUCCGAUGCUGAUAGCGAGUGAGCUCGAGCGAAUCGGCUCAGGCCCGGAGGAGAAAUACGGUCUCUCCUCCUCGUCCUUCGUCUGGAAGCUCCUCUACAACAUAAAGGGCAACGGGACCCUGAGCCUGCGUGACCGCGCGACCAUGGACACAACGCAGCACGGUUGGCGUGAGCUGCGAAACACGCCAGAGCACCGCGAGCGCGAGCGCAAAGCCCAGGAGGCCCGAGAGGCCGAGGACAAUCGUCGAAGGCACUCCCGCCUCAUAAGAUCCCUCUUCAGAGCCCCCAGAGACACCGAGGAGCUCCCCUUCUUCCUCGACAAGGCCCUCCCCACGCAAUCGGAGUUCGUCCAGCAGAUAAUCGACACGAACUCCACCACCGAAAUGAUCUUCACCUCGGAAUCCAUCAGCCCCACCAACUCAACCUCAAACGAAACCCUGAAACCGAGCCCCAGAUACGGUCACGCAGCCUGCAGAUACUCCAGGGGCUUCGUAAUCUACGGGGGAAAGUUGGCUGACGGUUCCCUCUCCAACGAGCUCUGGCACUACAACGUCGACACCAAGACCUGGACCCUCCGCGCCAAAAACUCCGACUUUUACCCACCCCACCUCACCAGGCACACCCUGACCCUCUCAGGAGACCGAGUCUACCUGUUCGGUGGUAGCACAGUGGACGGGGAGUUCUCCUCGAGUCUCUUCAGCAUAAAGCUGGACCUGACAGACGCCAACUCGUCCUCCGAAAAAUGGAGGAGAGUUCGCCCGAGAGGAGGAAAAGAGCUAGACGUCAGAGUCGUUGCUCACUGCACAGUCUACCACAAAGCAACGAACUCCCUCCUCGUCUACGGGGGAGUGGUGGCCAGCGUUGCGAGGUUCAGCAAGUUGUCAGAUCGAAUGUUCGUGUUCCAGCUGGACCGAAAGGUCUGGUCUGAGAUCCACUACCCGAGGGAGCACCUCCCAGACAUCUACGUCCCCAGGGAGAGGGCAUUCCACACCUGCAACAUCAUCGGGAAUUACCUGGUUGUCUUCGGGGGUUACUCCCACCGCCACAACAAGGAGGAGAUCUGCUACGACAAUCAGAUGUACCUUUACAACCUAGGGUGCCACGUCUGGGUGAGCCACGAGGUCCUGGGGGUCAGCGACAAGGACUCGGGAUACCCCAAGCAGCAGGGGGUCUUCGCUCACGCUGCCGACGCCAGGAAUGGAAACACUCUUCUGCUCGUUGGUGGCUACCACGGAAACGUAAACGCUGAUCUUCUGGCUUAUACUCUGCCCCCAAUGCUGGCACCUGGCGACGGGGAUUACGUCGAGCCCGAGCAGCUGUGCCCCAAGCACAAGAGCUUCACCGAGUGCUCAGCAAAUCCCGAGUGCGGCUGGUGCUCAGCCGACGAAAUCUGCUAUGGCAGGACAAUUGGGAGUAACUGCACGACUAAUUUACAGACUUCGAGGUGUCCUGGGGUGUGCCCAGUCCUCGGGGACUGCCACUCCUGCUUGAUUCACGGUCAGCCCGGUGGGGGCUGGGGCACAAACUCGAAGGGGAAGAGCUCAAUCUCGAAUAAACUUAAUUUGGGCACUUGCACUUGGUGUGUGCAGAACGCUCGCUGCCACCAUAAGAACGAUAACUAUGGGGUCUGUGGCUCCAGGGACGACACGUUGUCCAGGAUUCCCGCGUGGUGGGGGAGCAAAGGAACCGAGAUAACGAGAGUCGAGGAGUGCAGGGAGAUGGAUAAGAGGCCGGGGCUAACAUUCCUCAAGUACAAGCCACCUGUCAACUUCACUCAGCCCGACUCAGUGACAAUAGUAAACGCCACGACGAUCGACUUUAACGUCCCAUCGAUGCAGGGGGCGAAGACUGAGUCGGCCCUCGGUGGGGAAAUGAUAGCCCGACUCACUGGAUUUCUCAGGCCCCCCCAGGAGUACUGGCUGAGCUCAGCUGAGCAGCUGAAAAUCUGCGUGAGCUACAACAGCGCUACCCUCAGGGUCUCCCGACACAACGGCUCAACUGACCUCGAACUCGUGGCGAACUUGACCGCUGACACAUCCCAAUGCAUCUCGACAAAGUGGUCUGAUGGGAGUUACAUGAACCUGGAGCCUGGGAGGUACCUCCUGGACUUCGAGUCGAAGAGAAUGGUCACAGCUAACUACGCCUACCCCUCGAAAAUGGAGAUCACUCACAACAGGAAGGGGGACAACGCCAAGGUCUUCACGUUCGAGUACCUCGAGCCCUACCAGAAUGGCUCGUGCGAUCAGUACAAGAAUUGCUUGCACUGCUUGACGGACUCGUCCUGUGGCUGGUGCGACGUCAGCAACAGUUGUCUGUCUAGAUCGACGAACGAGACGGAGAGCUGCUCGGUGACGAUCGACUACGACGACGAGGGGAGCCCCAUCAACGAGUGGCAUUACCUCACCAUCACCCCCUCGUCCUGCGCGAAUUGCUCGAACUACAUAUCCUGCGAGUCGUGUGUCUCCACGAAUCUCUGCGAGUGGUGGACGGAGGAGGCGAGGUGCGCCAGGAUGGGGAGACUCCCCAACAGUGUGGUGAGUCUUGAGGAGUGUCCCAUCCCCUGCAGGCAGCGGUCGAACUGCACUCAGUGCCUGGACGAGAGAGGGAGGUGCGUCUGGUGCGAGGCCACACAGGAGUGCUUCUCCUUCUCGGUCUACACCUCGGAGUACCAGUUUGGACUCUGCAGGGAGUGGAUGGACCAGGCGGGACUCAUGGGCGUCACCUCGAGGUCUGGCUCGUCGUUGACUGGAAACGAUCAGUGUAAAUCUUGCAAUCGACACUCGAACUGCACCAGCUGUCUUCAUUCCCUCAGCUGUGGCUGGUGUUACUCUCUGGAGAACCCCAUAACUGGGGUUUGUGUGCAGGGGGACUUCAACCGGGCCCACGUCAACUGCAGUCUUGUAAUUAAUGAGAGUCAGAGUGAACAAUUCAAUGAGACCCUCUUCGAGGAGCAGGUCGGGUGGGCUUACGCCCAGUGCCCUGACGUUGACGAGUGCGAUCUGGGGCUUCACGACUGCCACAAGGAUGCGCAGUGCACGAAUACCCAUGGGAGCUACAGCUGCCAGUGCAAGAGAGGGUUCCAUGGGGAUGGCAAAGAGAACUGCACGAAGACCUGUUACGAGAAGUGUGUCAAUGGUUACUGCAGUGAAGCCCCGGAUUAUAAAUGCGAGUGCAAUCUCGGGUGGACUGGGCCCGAUUGCCGGACGAACUGCGGGUGCUACAACCACUCGACUUGUGUCAGCAGCGUUGGGGUUUGCGAUGAGUGCCAGGACUGGACUACAGGUGAAUACUGCGAGGAGUGCAAGGCCGGCAGUUACGGUAAUGCAACGACACCCUUGGGCUGCCGAAAGUGCAACUGCAAUGAGCACGGGGACAAAAACCUCGACUACUGCGACCGCCAGACGGGCAGAUGCUUCUGCAAGGACAACACGAAGGGGGAGACCUGUGGCAAGUGCAGACGCGGGUACUACGGAGACCCCAGGGACGGUGGUAUGUGCUACUACGGCUGCAUGUCCCGAGGGAUGCUGACCGGCGAGGGCAGUGGUAAGCAGGGUCUCGGCAGCAGGCACUCCCAGCUGUCCCUGUGGGAGAGCCACCUGGGGGGUAGCCCAACUCGGGAAUGCCUGUGGAUCGUCAGCCCGAAGAGCGGCUUGUCCUCCGCGAAUGCCCCGGCCUCAACGGUGACCCAGAGCGUCAUUCAGUUCACCAUUCACGACGACAUCAACGUCAGCUGCCAGGAGAACAGUGUCUACGUGUACGACGGCCUCCCAGACUUCGUCUCCUCGACCAGCAGUCACCAGAGCCAGCUGCUGGGCGUCUACUGCACCGAGAGCACAGACUACCCAGUGACCGUGGAGGCUAAAUCAGGAAUUCUGACUGUUCACUACAAACAGCUGGACGAGGUCGAGGGCUUCAACGCCAGCUACGUCGCCAUGACCUGCGGCGACAGCUGUCCCUCGAAUCGCGAGUGUCGAGGGGGCAAUUGCCUCUGCAAGAUCGGCUUCGUGGGGAUCAACUGUGACAUCGAGCUCUGCCCCAACAACUGCACAUCAUUGAAGAAGCAAGGGGUCUGCGACAAGAGCUACGGCCACUGCGUGUGCUCCCCAGGCUUCGGAGGUCGUGACUGUGCGAUUAAAAUCAAGGAUCACCAGCUGGUGUUCACGGAGCUCUUCAACUCGGAGUACCUCGCCGACCACCUGGACCACCUCCGAAAGACACUGCCCCGUUUUGGCCACAGUCUGGUGGCAGACAGACGAGGCAGCCUGUGGAUGUUCGGAGGGUACUCCCUGAGUCACGGGCCCUUGAACGACAUCAGACUCUUCGACACAAAGAACAACACCUGGAUGCCGGUGACGGUGGAAUCAACAUCGGAGGCCUCGAUGCCCCAGGGCAGGUACUUCCACGCCGCGGAGAUUGUCCACAGCCGUCAGCAGAUCUACAUCUACGGAGGCCUGACGAUGAAGGAGGAGGGGAUCCAGGGAUUAUCAAACAACACACUGAGCGACUUCUGGAAGUUUUCCCUGCAGAACCAGCGAUGGGGUCUGGUGAAGCAGGAGACCAUCCUCAAGGAGGAGCCUCCCCCCCUGGCAGGGCACACCCUGACCCUCAGACGAAACGGCGAGUCAGAGAGCCUGAUAUUGAUCGGCGGAUUCAGCCCCAAAUACGGAUAUCUGGACAAUGUCUGGGAGUUUAAUCUCGAGACCGAGAUCUGGGAGAGCGUCAAGACCCUGGGGAACGGCCCCCUGGGUGUAUACGGUCACACAACAGUCUACCACACGAAGUCCGACAGUCUUUACGUGUUCGGUGGCUACACCUACGCCGUCAACCGCACCUUCAUAUCGAACAAGCUUUACGCGUUGAACUACAAAUCCCGGACUUGGUCGAUCCUCCCACCGUUCGACGACGACUCCAGCGACGGUAGUUCCCUCCCCCAAGCGAGAUUUUUGCACUCGGCAGUCACCACCGACGAGUACAUGGUGAUCUUCGGGGGUCGCCAGAACCCCCACAACACCAGUGACUCCUUAAUCGCCUACAAGUACGCCUGCAAUCUCUGGAUACGACUGAUAACGAAGGACACUGAAACCAUCGGGACACCGCCUCCCCCUGCCUACGCCCACGCCAUGACCCACGCCGACCCAGAGCUCAAUCUCCUGUACGUGGUGGGUGGGUUCGACGGAGGGAUCAAGAGCCACGUCACCCAGAUCAGCAUUCCCGAGGACCUCUGCAGCCUGUGGACGGACAAGAACACCUGCAGAAAGUACUUCGGCUGCUCCUUCUGCGCGGUGACUACGAUAGACGGCAAGAACGCCUCCUACUGCUUCUCGAAUCAGUUAUUCGGUAAUCGAGACGACAAGUGUGACAUCAACGUGACACAGGCCCAACGGUCCAACGGGAUCUUCUGUAACUCCGAGUGGAUGGCGAACAGGAAGUGCCAGAGCCUCAAGAGCUGCUCGGAGUGCCUGGCCCAGUGGCCGUACUACAAGGACGAGGAUCCCGUCUGCAAGUGGUGCAUGAACUGCCCGGUGGGAAAGUGCAUACCAGUGGCCAAAGACUGCAACGAACUGAACAAAUGCAACAACCUCCCGACCUCGGUGACGGACGUGGCCCAGUGCGGGGAGAGCCAGUGCCCAGCGAGCGACUGUGAUAAAUGCAAUAAUUUGGGCGACGACUGCGUCUGGACGAGGCAAAUCCUGAAGACCCCGGGCUCGGGGUGGAAGCAGACUGCCGAGCCCGUCUACGACUGGAACUGCGUGUCGAAGAGCCUGGUCGAGAGGUCGGACAUCAAGAUGACGAGUGGCGAAUGCGAGAAGCGCUGUAGCGAUCACAAAGACUGCAGGAGUUGCCUGCAGGCCACGGGCUCAGAGGGCGGUUGGCACGAGUGCAGAUGGUCGACACAGAUGAACGAGUGCAUUUCGCCUUCGUACCAACCCCUGUACUGCGCUGGAGGUGUUUGCGGACUGGUCCUGAAGAACGCCGACGUAGAACACUGCCCUGAGCCCUGCGCAGUCUUCAAGCAAUGCAGCACGUGCCUCAAGCACUCGCACUGCGGCUGGUGUUCCCUGGAUUCCGCCGAGAUCACUGGCCAGGGAAUUUGCACUGAGGGCUCUCUGGAGGCCCCCACUGAUCACCCCGCUGGGGGCACCUGCCAGAUGCUCUACAACCAGAUGAAUCCAUCCACCCCAGCUCCCAUCACGACUCCCCUGCCUCUUCUUCUAUCGAACUCCUCGAUGAACGAGACAGAUAGCUCUGGGGAAGCUGCACCUCGCAACGAUUCCUCAGCGAUCUACGUCAUAAGGAAGCCUGAAGUCUUCUCCUGGCACUACGUCAGGUGUCCCCCUGAGAACGAGUGCAUCAACGGCCACCACACGUGCUCUCCCAAGAGCGAAAAGUGCUUCGACCUGGAGGAGGGCUUCGAGUGCAUGUGUGGGGACGGUUACAAGAACGAGACAGCUCUACCGUUCAAUGAAUUCGGGAGGAAGACCUGUGUUCCCAUGUGCACGCAGGGCUGUGUCAGGGGGACCUGCGUCGAGCCCAACGUCUGUCGAUGUGAUUUCGGUUAUGUGGGGGCUAAUUGUUCAAUUCAGUGCCAGUGCAAUGGCCACAGCAACUGCGCAGGCCCGGAUAAACUCGACGAGUGCCUCGAGUGCCACAACAACACGAUGGGCCCUCAGUGCGACAAGUGCCAGCCACUUUACGUGGGGAAUCCCGCGGACAACGGACAGUGCGUUCCUUGUCUGGACUACUGCAACGGACACACUAGAAUCUGCAUAAACGAGAGCAUGACGGUGUCCGAUCCAAACUCGGUGGAUCGAAUGUCGAUUGAACUGUUGACUAAACAACUGGUCGAGGGCCCAGUGGCAAAAGCGAAAUGCGUGAACUGCGGGAACAACACGAGGGGCGAUAAAUGCGGGGAAUGCGUUCCGGGAUAUUUCCGGGGAACGGAGGACCUCAGGGACGUGUGUCGCCAGUGCGAGUGCCACGGGCACGGGUUCACCUGCGACCCCGUCACCGGGGAGAAAUGCAACUGUGGGAAUAACACGGAGAGCGAGCCGUCGUGCACCCCGGGCCCCAGUAAGGGGACGAUUGUCCAGGGAAUCCCCUGUUGGAAGGCUCAGUGCAGCAAGUGCCGGGAGAACUACGCGGGAACGCCGACAGGGGGACACCAGUGCUACAAGACGGUCACUGUCGACAACAAGAUGUGUUUCGACUCGAAGCUGAUCGACGAGUGCAAGAUGAAGCCGAAGCCCCUGAACCCGGGGCAGACUGUGUUCUACAUGGUUCAGCCGCGAUUUAUGAAUGUCGAUAUCAGAGUUAUGGUUGACGUGACGCAAGGGGCUCUCGAUCUGUUUCUCUCCCCCAGGGACGAUUCGUUCGUUGUUAAUCUGAACUCCUCCACUGGGUACCAGGAGGUGGGGCUUGACGAGCGGUUCAAGUGGAGGAAGGAUCACUACGACAAUUGGUUUGACGAUCACUUGAUGCAUCGGGCUAGGAUCGUCGAGUUUCUUCCUAACGAGAGUAUUCCGGAGAUUAAGUGGAAUACUGGGCCGCAGUAUGUUGUGAUGGAGAGGUAUGCCGAGGGGUUGGCGACCUUCAUCACUAUUGAGCAGAAGGACAUCUUCCUGGUUGUGAGGAAUCUGACGAAUAGAUUGGUCUUGACGCUGCCCCAGGACAAGCAUGAGCUUGGCCAGACCAAGUUUCAUAUUGCUCUGAGGGCUAUUGACACGCCCUAUCCGGAGAUCAGUGGACGCGCUGCUUACGGAAUGAUAUUCUUCCGCCAGGAUCAGCUGCACAUCGAUCUUUUCGUGUUCUUCUCGGUGUUCUUUUCGUGUUUCUUCUUGUUUCUUGCGGCGUGCGUGGUUGCGUGGAAGACCAAGCAAGCCGCUGACGUCAGGAGGGCCAGGAGAAGGCAUGUCGUGGAGAUGCUGCACAUGGCGAAGAGACCCUUCGCCUCGGCGACGAUUCUCUAUGAUCGCGAUGGGAAUGAGUGCAGCACGAGCUCCCCGCAGAGGAAGGGCCGGAGGAAUAAACUCGUCAAUUUUCAUAGCGAUGUUAGACCUGUUGCUGUCGAGCCGACUGAUGAUGGCAUCGCGGCGGUGGCCACCGUUUUUAUUAGGCUCCCCGGAGGCCCUCAUGCACCUGUUAAACUGGCACUUGCUAGCUCGCUGAUUCUGCUGACGAGGGUCUAUCCGGUCAACAGUCGGGUGUUUCUGAGACGCAGGAAUAGCCAUGCCAUUAAUUGAGGCGGGGGAGGGGAGUGGCGGAGAAUUUGGGGAAGGGGUGGUACGCAAGGCGAUGGAGAAUGUUAAUUCUAUUCGGAUUACACACGAUUACACACGGAAGGGAUGUUUAGUUUGAGAGUUGUGGGAGUUUCAAACUGAGACUUUUGAAAAUGUUAACACCUAAGGGGUAACAGGAGGCCAACGUUUCCAGGAAAUUUUGAAAGAAAUUUCCUGCUCAAAGUUUUUGAUGUUUUUCGAACCCAAAGCACAUUGAUCUUCGUAAUCGCCUCUUGGAGAUUAAUGUGCUGCGAUUUGUAAACAUAUCAACAGCUUUCGGCGGGAAUUUUGUUCAAAUAUUUGGGAAUUGGCGCCAUUCUGGUACCCCUGUGGUCGCGCUUCUCUAGCGUCUCACUCGGUCUACAGUGGCGCUCUGUAGGUUGCGUAUAGUUUGGCGGGGAUUCCCUCGGGUCACGAGCAGUUAAGGGUUAAAGUGAGGUCUCAAAGCCAGUUUAAGACUUGAAAAUCUCAAUUUGAGACUUGAAAAUGUCAAUGUAAACCCUUUGAAUAUCUCAAGUUGAGAGUUUCAGAAGGCUAAAAUUGACAUUUUCAAGUCUUAAAUUGAGAUUUGAAAAUAUGAAUUUAAACCCUCUGAAAGUCUCAAA